GUGUUAAACAAAACAAGCUCUCUCUCUCUCUCUCUCCUUCAACUUUAACUGUUUGCUCGCUCACUCUAGCACAGACCAUAGGGAGAAAGAAUGGCGGAACCUGAUGACGUAGGAGAAAAGCGCAACGGCGUCUUCGUGGACUCGACCGGGAGGCGGAACCGCCAGGAAGAACCGACACUCCCAGGCGUUCUCCGACGUCUGCUCGCUGAUGUUUUCCUCCCCGAUCCAAGCAUCAGGCACGGGACGGCUGUCCAGCGGAUCAAAGGCUCUCUCUCAACGAACGUGCCUCUCCUCCGCGAAGCUUCCUGGAGCACCGGCAGUCGCAUCCUGCUCUGGACUCGCCGUGGCAGUCAUCUCCGGGCUCUCCUAGUCGUAUCCGUGGGGACUAUUGCUCUUCUGGCUUUGACAGGAUUGAUAGUCUUUAUGCUGUUCUUUCUGACAGCAACCAUCAAUGCCGUUGUGAUUUCUCUUCUUGUGUCUUUGGCUGCAGCAGGGGGCUUCUUGGCUCUUUUCUUUGCUUGUGUGACAGUCAUUUACAUUGGAGCAUUAUCAAUUGCUGCAUUUGUUAUCUCCACCGCAACAAUUUCAGCCAUCAUAGCUGCUUUGGUGGCUACAGGUUGGAUUGGAUUCUUCUGGACUCUGUGGUUGGGGACGAAGAAAAGUGUGGGCUUCGCAAAGCAUUCACUGACCAGGACUGGAUCGGCACUUUCUGCUUACUCUUCUGCUCGACAUGCUCGCCAUCGUCACCACCACCAUCAUCCAGAUAAAGUUUCAGACUGAAUGCAUCCACAGAUGAGUGUUGGAAAUCUUUGUAAAUCUUGGCUUGCACCACUUUAUGUUAGAUAUAUUUGUGCCAGAAUGAUAUUGUUGCUGUUGCUGCUGUAAAUUAUUUCUCGAGCAUAUUAAGGAACAACGUGUCUUCUUAAAACAUAGAAGCAUAAUAUUAUUACCCUGUAUGAAUCGGAGCACAUUAGUGAAUCCAGCAGGCUUGUAUAAAGUCUCUCCAAUUAAUGGAUGUGUGUAAUGUUUGUGUUUAAUA